UCUCUCUCUGUCUCUGAGUCUUUUCUAAAAAAAAUGGCAGCUGCUUUCCACGUUCGUUCUAACAGCUUCCCCUCGAGGCCACACCCUCAAGCUGUUCAUGUGGAUGAGCAGUUGAUCAGAUUGAGAUCCUCUGAAUCCGCCUCGACGACUUCUUCCUCUUGUAUUGGACAAAGACUUUGCGACCUUCAGGAUUUGUACGAUUCCCUCGAGAAGCUCCUUCGCUUACCCGUCACCGAGCAAACCAUUGACAAGAAAGCCGUGGACAAGCUCCUUGAUGGAUCUCUCAGGGUAUUGGAUUUCUGUAACAUUACAAAGGAUGCUCUGUCUCAGACAAAAGAGUGUCUCAACGAGAUCCAAUCAAUCCUACGGAGAAAACGCGGAGAUCUUUCGAGCGAGGUUAAGAAAUACUUGGCCUCACGAAGAUCCCUCAAGAAGUCAUUCCAGAAAGUCCUCAAGAGUUUGAAGGCCACAGAUGGCGACGAGUCUCUACCUGUGUUUGGAGAAGCAGAAGCUCUGACAAUUUCCGCGUUCCGUUCUCUGUUUUCCUUCAUGUCUGAAUCGACAACUCCUUCUGGCAAAUGGUCGCUGGUCUCGAAGCUGAGGAACCAUAAAAGAGUUUCCUGUGAAGCACAAACUGCAAAUGAGUUUUCAGAGCUCGAUUCUGCAUUUCAGUCCUUCGCCGAGAACAAGUCUGAAAAUCCGUUGAAAAUGGAGGACGUGAAGAGGCUGGAGAGCUGCGUCCAAGAUCUGGGAGAGGGGAUCGAGUCUCUCUUCAAAUCUUUGAUGAAAUACAGAGUCUCUCUUCUUAACACCUUUGGCCACUGAGCCUGUAGAGAUUGUACCAAAGAAAGCAUCAUACUUGUAAAUG